AUGUUAUAUAAAACUCAGCUCUGUUCAUUUUAUGCUAAGGGGAUAUGUGCUCGAGGAAAUAAAUGUAGUUGGGCUCAUGGGCAGUCAGAUGUAAGGCCUAUGCCAAAAUUUUAUAAGACUAGAAUGUGCUACACAUUUCUAUCAGGAAGUUAUUGUGAAGCCUCAAAAUGCACGUUCGCCCACACUGAAGAAGAAUUACGAGGCUCUGGAAAAGCUUUGAGAUUGUGUACUAAGUUUUUCUUGGAUGGUUAUUGUAGUAAAUCUGAUAAGUGUCCUAUGGCUCAUCAUAUUAGUCAAUUGGACCCUUCUGUAAAAUUUACGGCAAGCGAAUUAAUGAACAGAAUGUAUAAUAAUGAAGAAACGUCAUGUUAUAAAGAUAAUGAGGAUACACAAGAAAAUGAUGAUGAUAAUAAUAUAUAUUUUAAAAAUGAUACAUACAAGAAUGAAGAAAAUAAUGUUGAUAUGGAUUAUAGUAUGGUGAACAAUUUUAAUGAUAAUAAUUUAAGAGAUUCUAAAAAUAAUUACAAAAAUGUUAAUAUGGAUAGCAAUCAAGAAAUUGAAUAUGUGACAGAAAUUAAGGUUCCCCCCAAUAUUGGCAAACUCAUUAUGAAUGAAAACGAUAAAUAUGAUGAAUACAUUUUAAAUCAAGACAUCUGCAAAAUAAAUAAUAUAAAAUCUUGUGAAUAUUAUAAUAAAAUAAAUGAAAAUAUCCAUUCCAAUGAUUAUAUUUUAAAUGGUGAUAUUGUAGAUGAAAGAGAAAAGAAAUCUAACCAAGAAUACGUAUACAAUAAAAAUGGAGAACCUAUUGAUACAUAUAAUAAUUAUGAAACUUGUAAAAAUUAUAAGAUUAUGAAUAAAAAUAGAUUCAUAAAUAAUGAAUAUUAUAAAAAUACUAUUGGUACCAUAGAACAAAAUAUACAAAAUGUAGACGGUACAAAUUAUGUAGGUAGUAAUUGCCUAUCCACUAAUUGUGUAGGUCACUGUUUGGGUAAUCAUUGUUUUGGAAAUCAUUGUGUAGGUAAUAAUUGUUUGGCUAGUAAUUGUUUGGCUAGUAACUAUUUGGCUAGUAACUGUUUGGCUAGUAACUAUUUGGCUAGUACCUGUUUGGCAAAUAAUUGUUUCAAUAACAAUUGUGUAACAAAUAGUUGUAUGAGUAGCAAUUGUAUGAGUAAUAAUUGUGUGACGAAUAAUUGUAUGAAUAAUAAUUAUUUGAAUAAUAAUUAUAUGAAUAAUAAUUGUAUGGGUAAUAAUUAUUUGAAUAAUAAUUGUAUGAGUAAUAAUUAUUUGAAUAAUAAUUAUUUGAAUAAUACUUGUAUGGGUAGUCAUUAUAUAAGAAACCACUGUGCAGGAAAUAAUUGUAUAGGGAAUAAUAUAUAUUCUGGUGGUUAUAAUUCAUUACAUAAUUAUAUAUCUAAUAAUAAUAAUAUGAAUAAUAUGAAUAAUAUGAACAAUAUGAAUAAUAUGAAUAAUAUGAAUAAUAUGAAUAAUAUGAACCAUAUGAACCAUAUGAACCAUAUGAAUAAUAUGAACCAUAUGAACAGUAUGAAUAAUGUGUAUAAUUAUAGCAAUGUUAAUAAUUUAAAUAAUAUUGACAAUAUGAAUAAUUCAAGAAAAAUGAUACAACAUAAUAUAUCAUCUAAUAUGGGUUGUACUAUGAAGAUAAUAAAUAAAGGAGAAAAAAAUGAUAUACAUAUAUGUGGAGAGAAAUAUAUAUAUAAUAACAUAAAACAAAAAAAAGAUACGUUAGAAAAUUGUCUUCAUGAUGAGCAUGUGGUUACAUAUGAUAACUGUAAACAUGUCUUAAGUAAUAUAUAUCAUGAAAAUAAUGUUGUUCAUUUUAAUAAAGGAAAUGAGAGUAUAGAAAUGUUGGAAGAACUAAACAAUAACAACAAUAAUAAUAACAACAUUAAUAAUAACAACAAUAAUAAUAACAACAAUAAUAAUAACAACUACAAUAAUAAUAACAACUACAAUAAUAAUAACAACUACAAUAAUAACAACUACAAUAAUAAUAAUAUUAUACAUUAUUCAUACAAUAAUCAUAAUAAUUUUAGUGAUAAUAACAGACAAGAUAAUAUUAAUGAUGAUAAUAAAGAAAUUAAUAAAAAUAUACACAUGAGUAAUAACUGUUUUUAUUAUCAUCAUUGUUAUAACAAUAUAUCUAAUGAAAGAAACAUUUACAAAAUUGACAAGAAAAAUAUAGAAAAAAAAAAUAAUACAAAUGAAAAUAUACAAAUGAAUAAUUUAAUAUAUAAUAUGAGUAAACUCUCCCUUAAUAAUAUAAAUAAUCACAUGAACAACAAGAAUAGAAGAUUAACUACAUGCCUGCCUAUAGUUCAAAAAACAUUGAAUACUUCUUACAAUAUUAAUAAUAAGAAUAAUGCAAAUCAUAUACAUAACAUGUUAAAUGUAAACAUACAAGAAGAUGAACAGUGUGAAAUAAAUAUGGCUACAAAUAUAGAACAUUAUAAAGAAAAUAUACCUCAUAAUAAUCAAUAUAAUAAUAAUAAUAAUUAUUAUUAUUAUAAUAAUUAUCAAUAUAAUACCUCAGAGGGUGAUUUAAAAAAAUAUUUUAUUUUAAAUAAUAAAUAUUUAAUAGAAAAUGCAAAUAAAUAUAACAAUCAAUAUAUUAUAUCAAGAAAUUGUAGUGCAACUAUAAAUGAUAAUUUUAUGAAACACCAUGAGAUGAAGAAUGAUUAUGUGGAUAACUAUGAAAUAAAUAAUAAUUACAUAAAUAAUUAUCAUAUGGGUGUUCAUUCUAAUAAUUCGAUUAACGCAUUCAACAACUUGAAUGACUUUGAAAGGAAUGACAACAUGGAGGUAACAACAUCGGUUGCAGAAAAUAUCCAAAGGAGACAAAUUAAUGAUAUGAAUGAUAUGAAUGAUAUGAAUGAUAUGAAUGAUAUGAAUGAUAUGAAUGAUAUGAAUGAUAUGAAUGAUAUGAAUAAUAUGAAUGAUAUGAAUAAUAUGAAUAAUAUGAAUGAUAUUAAUAGUAUUAAUAAUAUUAAUAGUAUAAAUAAUAAUAAUUUACUAUUAGAAAAUAUAAAAGGAACUCAACAUGUUCAUAAUGUUGAUAAUAUGUAUAAUAAUAUAUCUAAUCAUAACAAUGAUUACAUGUGUGAUGGUGCUGAUGUUUCUAAUAUGAACGAGACAGAAAUUAUGAACACACAAGAGAACAUAAUAAUUAAAUAUAAGAAAAUUCAUGGAAAUAAUUUGUUGCAUGACAAUAAAAUAAUAAAUGGAAAGGAGGCUACAAGAAAAAAUAUGAGUAACAUAAUAAAUAAUAAUGUUAUAUUAAAUAACUGUUCGAAGAAGGUGUGUAAUAAUGAUUUGGAUGAUGAGAAGGACAAAAAUUUACAACAUGAGUGGAAUAAUGAAGAGACAAUAUUAAAUAAUUAUAAUGAUCCUAUAGAUACUAGUAGAUGUAAAAAUAAACCUAAUGAGCAUUAUUCAGAUAAAUGUUGUGAUAACGAUGAUAUAAUUUAUUCUGACUUUUCAUAUAAAAAAAAUAUGUAUACUAUAAAGGAUAAUCAUAUAAAUUAUAUGAACAGAAAAAAUGAGAACCUAUAUGACAAUAUGAGAAUAAAAAAUAUGAAGAAGAAUAUGGAUGAAGACUUUAUUUGUCAUAACGGUUAUAGUAAUAGUAGUAGUAGUAAUAAUAAUAAUAAUGAUGAUGAUUAUAAUAAUAAUAAUAAUGAUGAUGAUUAUAAUGAUGAUUAUAAUGAUGAUUAUAAUAAUGAUUAUAAUGAUGAUUAUAAUGAUGAUUAUAAUGAUGAUUAUAAUAACGAUUAUAAUAACGAUUAUAAUAAUGAUAGUUUUUUAAGUGAUGAUUUACAUUGUAAUAUAAAAAAAAAGUUAGAAAGAAACAAUAUCGAGAUUAAUAAUAACUAUGUGCACUUACACAACAUGAAAUAUGGAAAUAGAGAAAAUCAAAUAGACAAUAUUGAUAAUUAUAAUGAUAAGGAUAAUAUACUAGAAAUAUAUAAUAUAAAUAAUGCAAUGACUGAAGGUAAUAAAUAUAUGAAUAAUAAUGAAAGUAUAGGAUAUAAGAGUACAAAAAAUUCUCAUGAGAGUUAUUCAUAUAAUAUAUAUGUUAAUAAAGUGGAUGAUAAAAAUAUGGAUACACAAGAGAGCAAAAGUAAUAUAAACAAACCAAAUGUAUAUAGGAAUGAAGAAAAUAUAUAUUUAUGUGUAGAUAAUAAAGUAAAUGAAGAAAUGGUUGAUAAAAAUUGUAGUGACCAAAUUAGUGAUACGAUAAAUAACAAGAUGAAGAACAAAAUAAAGAAUAGAUUAUUAUAUGAUGAGAAGUUUGAAAAUAAUAGUGAUCCUACAUAUUUUUUUGACGAUUAUAAUAAAUCUGUUGCUUCUUCUUUAGAUAAAUAUAAUUAUUUGAAUUAUAUAGAAAAUACAAAAAACAAUUGUAUGGCAAAUAAUAAUUUGGAUAUAUAUGAAUUUUCUUAUAAAAGUGAAGGGAGUUUAUCAAAUAAUAUAUAUGACAAUGAAGAGCAUAUAAUUCAUACAAGAAGAAAGGAUUCUUUUAAUGGUAAUAGGGAAGGUGAGAAAAUGAACUGUCAAUAUGAUGAUAGUAAGGAGGAUGACAAUAAUGAUGAUGAUAAUAAUGAUGAUGAUAAUAAUGAUUAUGACAAUAAUGAUGAUGAUAAUAAUGAUUAUGACAAUAAUGAUGAUGACAAUAAUGAUGAUGACAACAAUGAUGAUGACAACAAUGAUGAUGACAAUAAUGAUGAUGACAAUAAUGAUUAUGACAAUAAUGAUGAUGACAACAAUGAUGAUGACAAUAAUGAUGAUAAUAAAGAUGAUGAUGAUAAUAAUAGCAAACAUAGUGUUAAGAGUUAUAAUCCUUUAACUUACAGUUUUAGUGGUUUAUGUGAAUGUUUGAAUAAACAAGAUAAUAUUUAA